ACCAAAACACAAAUCAAAUUCUACAGCAAUUAGCGAAUAAACGUAAACAAAUAAUUGCGUAUAGAAAGAAAACUUUUCUAACAACACAGUGAACAAAUUCUAACAACAAAUAAUCGAAGAUGCGCACUCUACCAAUUCUAUGGCGUAUGGCAGAAGAUUUAAGACGCUUGGCUAUGCCAUCUUCACCGUUCUUUGAAUAUCCCUUUGCCAGCACCUAUCGCCUGGCUCCCUGGAAUCAAUUGAAUCGUUUGAUGCAAGAGGACUUGGCUAAAAUCAACAAAGAUGGAUAUCAAGUCACCAUGAAUGUAUCCGAGUUUAAGCCAGAAGAACUUACAGUCAAAGUUGUAGACAACCAGGUGAUUGUGGAAGGUAAAUCGGAACAGCAGCACGAUGAUAGUGGUUACAUUUCUCGUCACUUUGUUCGUCGCCUGGCUGUGCCAAAUGGCUUUGAGGCGAACAAUGCAAUUUCUACACUAUCAUCGGAUGGCGUCUUAACUGUUAGUGUUCCUAAGCCACAAAUUGAAGAAAAGGCCCGUGAGAUACCCAUACAACGUGUGGAGACUCCAUCAAUUAAAUCCAAAGAAUCAGCUGAAGAAGGUGCCAGUAAAAAGGAAAAUAAUUAGGAGAUGCAAACGAGUUAAUAAGGAGAAUUCGGACUGAUGUUUAUAAUGCGAUUGUUAAAAUAGUUUUAAUAAAUUUUAAAAAAUUAUAAUUGUUAAUAAAAUUUAAAAAAAAAGUAGUAUUUUAGUAAUAAAAAAUUUCGAACACAAA